AUGGCGACGACCUUUGACGAGAAGAUCCCCUUCUCUAGCAAUGGGCUCGAGUUCUACGGGCUCUUCAAGCGCGGUCUGAGAGUGCGCGCGCUGCCGCUGAUUGUGCUGUUGCACGGCGGAGGAGCUACCGCUGCGUUCUUCGACAACCCAGUUGUUUCCUACGUCAAAGACUACAACAAACUAGGCCACGAUGUGCUCAACAUCUACCGUCCCGGGUACGGCGGCACGCCGACGCCAACCACCGAGACACCGAUUCGCGACUCCACCCCGGUGUUUAUCGAGUUCAUCGAAAAGGUAUACAACGAGAAAUCCGCUGCCAAACACAACAACAGCGGAAUCAUCCUGAUAGGCCACUCGCUCGGUGGCGGGUUCGCGCUCGCUGUGACCUACGAGGCGCGCGAUAGACUGCCUGUCCUGGGCGUCAGUUCCAUGGGUUGUCUGCCGACACCGAAUCAUAUUCGCAUAAUCCCUGAGCCGGAUACUGAGCCGGAUAACCCGCGGUAUGUGACUGAGAACACGCCGGAGAAUAUCAAAAAGUACAUGGGCGAGAUUGACUGGGUGGAUCUGGAUGGCUUGACUAAGGAGCUAAUCGAGACGGUUUUUGAGCCUGGCGUCAAAUCCGAAAUCCGAGAGUACCUGACCAAGGGGCUUUACGAGUACAUGGUAGACGAGGUCUUCCCUGGCAUCACCGUGCCCGUGCAGUAUCUCGCCGGCGAAUCCGAGAUCCUCUGGGAGAGUGAGGAAGAAGGCCAACCCAUCUUUGCAGGGCUGGCCUCUCGCUUCCGGAAUGCCCCCGAGGUCGACUCUGGCAUCUUGCCGCGCGGCGGCCACAACUAUGAGUUUUCCAAGAACGUUGGCUUGUUGUUGGACAGGAGGCACAAGUUUGUGCAGAGUGCAAUAGCAAGAAAUAAAGCAUCGCCCAUUGCCAAUGGCGAUCACGCCGGAGAUGCCUUCACGUCUGUACCGGUCCUUGACUACGCCGAAACAACAGCCUCGCCAAAGUCUCGAUUAAAUUUCCUGAAGCAGCUCAAAGACGCGAUUGUCAACGUCGGAUUCUUCUAUUUGAACAACACCGGCGUUCCCGACGAAGUCCAGCAAGUCUUUACGGAGCAGGCGAUUGCACUAUUCAACCUCCCGUUGGAGAAGAAGCUCGAAAUCGAAAUGGUCAACAGCAAGCAUUUUCUCGGUUAUGCGCGAUUAGGGCAGGAGGUAACUGCGCGGAAGAAUGACUAUCGCGAACAAUUCGACUUUGCCACGGAGCUGCCAGCUCCUGGUCCGGAGGAGCCUCUAUAUCGAAACUUGCGAGGACCGAACCAAUGGCCCGACGCAGAAUCUCUCCCCCAGUUUCGACCUGCGCUCGAGGGCUAUCUCGACCAAAUCGACAAACUAGCAAAGUCGUUCAAGUCCCUUGUCGCCGAAGCCUUAGACCUACCAUCCAACGCAUUCAGCCAAUUCUUCGACAAUCCACAACAGAACAAACUCAAACUAAUCAAAUACCCUGAGCCACUGGCCGAGGAAAACUCGCAGGGGGUUGGCCCGCACAAGGACUCGUGCUUUCUGACGUUUCUCCUCCAGGGCACGCCGCACACGGGUCUCGAAGUGCAGAAUAAAGCUGGUACAUGGCUGCCCGUGAAGCCCAUCCCGGGAACACUCGUGAUCAACAUCGGCCGCGCUCUUGAAGCCAUCACCGGCGGCGUGUGCACUGCAACUACACACCGCGUGAACCUGCAUCGGGAAAACUACAUUGAUCAUGCGAGCGGAAAAUCUCUAGGCGCGCGUUUCUCGUUCGCCGUGUUCCAGGGCGUCAGUCUGGAUCUAGGUGUGCAAAAGAUCAAUGUCGAUAUCCCAGAGCAUAUCAAGGACUUGGUCAAGGACGACAAGGUCAGGUCCGAUGCAGAGGCAACAUUCAACCAAAUGUUUACGGGCAAUAUCGGCGAGGGCACGCUCAUCGCACGCAUCACAAGCCACCAAGAUGUCGCGCAGAGGUGGUAUCCGGAGCUGCUAGAGCAGGCGUUGAAAGCGCAGAAAGACGGAUAUCAAUGA